UAAUUGAUGAAUUCCGGGGCCGAGGAAUCUAAGCCGUGUCCAAUUCUAAAGAACCACGGCUCACGAGGAAGAGGAAUUCGAUAGAAUUAUUUCCACAUGCAACUCACGUGCUUCCCUCGACAAGUUCUCCCUCCCACAUCCCCAUCCCCAUCCCCCCAUUAUCCGGGCGGAGCACGAGAGCCGUAUCCCUCCAUUAGCAGUGAGCAUCCGACAUUUCUUUUACUCUUAACGGCUGCGUUCAUGCUCAUGCAAGUUUUUUCGUUCCCAGACACGCGAAAAGCGUUAUACCUCGAUUUAUUGUCUUCUCAUCUUUUUCUUAUUCCAAAUACCCUAUUUUUUUUUCUCUAAAAGAGAAAAAAAAAACCCGUUCCUUUUCUGUUAAUUGCUUUCCGUUUUACUCACAGUGGUUUUAGUUGCCAACUCAACAGCUAAGUAGCUUUGGAAUCAGUGUGAUAAUACGCAACGUAACUACAACCGUAGAACACUGCAAGAAAUUGCGCUAUCACCACUAAACAACAUAGUUUCAGGUUAUGGAAUCAUCUAGAAGCUCUUUUUCUAUGCCAGUGUCACCUUCAGUGCUUCUAUAAAUGGCAUGCUAUCGAUCCUUGUCUGUCCAUUUUCAUUCCUUUUGGAGGGGCAUUACAUGCUUUGAAAAAAACUUGUCAAGCAUUGAAAGGAACUACUUCCACAAUUUUAAAGGAUCAAAGCUGGUUCAUUCUUCAGUCAAUUUAGCCUUGAAGAAAUAUUCUAGUGCAUCAAGUAAUGCAAGUUCAGAUUCACUUGGAGUUGCUCGCACAACUUGUCAGAGUAAUGUGACAUUAUCUUCAGAAAGUAGAUGUGAGUCAGUUCAAGCUGUGCAGCUUGGUGCAGUUAACACUGGAGAAAGAGCAGCAAAUACUGAUCCAAUGAAUGGUAGAGUCAUGCUUAUUGAUGGCACAUCAAUAAUAUAUAGGGCUUACUACAAACUUUUAGCAAAGUUGCACCACGGUCAUUUGACGGAUGCUGACGGGAAUGGAGAUUGGGUUUUGACAAUAUUUACAGCUCUAUCACUUAUAAUUGAUGUCCUGGAAUUUAUUCCUUCCCACGUGGCGGUGGUAUUUGACCAUGAUGGAAUUCCUUUUGGUCAUAGUUUUAAUUCAUCAAAAGAAAGAUUUACUUCAAAAGGCCUAAACUUUCGGCAUACUCUAUACCCCUCAUACAAGAGUAAUCGUCCCCCAACACCUGAUACCAUUGUUCAGGGACUUCAAUACCUUAAAGCAUCCAUCAAGGCCAUGUCCAUAAAAGUCAUCGAGGUACCGGGUGUAGAAGCAGAUGAUGUGAUUGGAACAUUAGCAUUAAGGAGUGUUGAUGCUGGAUACAAGGUACGGGUUGUCUCUCCAGAUAAAGACUUUUUUCAGAUUCUAUCUCCAUCAUUACGUCUCCUUAGAAUUGCGCCACGUGGUGAUCAGAUAGUUUCAUUUGGAGUUGAGGAAUUCACAAAACGAUUUGGAGCUCUGAAACCUUCUCAGUUUGCUGAUAUGAUUGCCCUUUCUGGUGACAGAUCUGACAAUAUACCAGGGGUUGAUGGAAUUGGAGAUGUACAUGCUGCGAAAUUGAUCAGUAAAUUUGGUACCUUGGAGAGGUUGUUGGGAUGUGUUGACCAAAUAAGUGAGGAACGCAUUAAAGAGGCGUUGAUUGCAAAUGCUGAUCAGGCUCUCUUAAGCAAGGAGCUGGCAUUGCUGCGUUCUGAUCUUCCAUUCUAUAUGGUACCGUUUACUACAACUGAUCUCUCAUUUAAGAAGCCAGAGGACAAUGGCGAUAGAUUAAAGGGCCUUUUAACAGCUAUCAGCGCCUAUGCAGAAGGCUUUUCCGCUGAUCCUAUCAUCAGGAGAACGUUUCAUUUGUGGAGAAAGCUGGAUUCAAGGUGAAAUGCCGAGUAAGAAUGAAGGAAUUUUUCCAAGAUGACAUUCCAUUUCUGGAACAUCAUGAGAUUAGCAUCUACUCUAUUUGUUUAUGUACAUAUAGCCAACACACCAUUAAGUUUUCUGGUGUGGAAAUCAACAUGCUAAUUGUUCCUAUUCCCCAGAUUCCAUUUUGUUUGCCAAGUUUGCUUGAAUUAUAUCCUUUGUACCUAGUUCUGGCCAUGAGAAUUGAUAAGAAUCGCGAACAGAACUGAAGCUUCUAGCCUUA